UACUAAGGUUGUCACUUGUCACUGCCAGAGUCAGAAUGAUAACACCUGAAUGUCAGUUUUUGUCAAAUUUUGUUGACUAAAGAAACGUAGCAGUUACAUCAGCUCAUGACUGCGUUUUUUAAAUUAUAUAUCUAUUGACGAUGUUAGGAUAUACUAAAUUUUCAAGUGCUAAAAACAAACGAUAGUUAAACUGACUCCAUAAGUAAAACUUCACAAUAUGUACUUUUCCAAAGCAGCUAUAUCACUUGUUUGUGUUCUCUUAAUUGUGUCUGUAUUCAUGGCUAAUUUAUUAAAUAUAAUUGCGAUAGACAAUUUUUAUACAGACAAUAAUAACGUAGGUGAGAAUUAUACAAAGUAUCUAGGCAAAAGAUAUGGACAAAUGACUGAUUCCACCAAAAAUAUUUUGUGGUUUUUGCAGAUAUCCGACAUACACAUCAGUAUAUUCCGUGAUCCAGCCAGAAUUGCUCAUUUUCAACAAUUUACUGAUUUAACUGUUAAAUCUAUAAAGCCCCUUGUUGUGUUAGCAACUGGAGAUCUCACAGAUGCAAAAGCUAAAGACAAUUUGGGUAGUUCUCAAGUGAAAAAGGAAUGGGUGUACUAUCAUGAUAUAAUAAAGGAGUCUGGGGUUACUGAAUAUACAACAUGGCUUGAUAUUAGGGGAAAUCAUGAUAACUUCAAUAUCAGGACGAUUAACUCGCAGGAGAAUUAUUUUAGAAACUAUUCUAUACAAGGAAUGAGUCAUUCUAAAUCAUAUGUUCAUAUUGUAGAGCAUAAUGGAGUAAAUAUAGCAUUUCUAGGAAUGGAUGCAUGUCCUGAUCCAGGAUUAAGACGACCCUUCAAUUUCAUUGGUAUCUUAGAUGUUCAAGAACAACAGAGUUUGGAAAAAUUAAAGAUUGAAGCAGACCAAAAAGCUGAUCAUAUAGUUUGGUUUGGUCACUAUCCUACAUCAUGCAUAUUAUCCUUAGAAAAGGAUUCCCAAAGAAUGAGUGUGAGAGAACUUAUUGGUAGUGCUGGUGGCUCACAAGUGUAUGUUUGUGGUCACUUGCAUUCCAUGGGGGGAUUAGUUAAACAAAUGUAUACAAAGCACAAGAAAGGUUAUUUAGAACUUGAAUUGGGUGAUUGGAAAGACAAUAGAAUAUUUCGUUUAGCUGCAAUUGAUCAUGGAUUGUUUUCAUUCAUUGACCAGAAGCAUAACUCUUGGCCUAUUAUACUAGUAACAAAUCCAAAACAUGCUCGAUAUGUUUUACCGGGACGUGAACCUCUUCAGUUGAUACCGGAAUCAACCCAUAUAAGAAUAUUAGCAUUUAGUGAUGUCAAAAUCGAAGGUGUAAAAAUUUCAUUUGAUGAAAUAAGUUGGAUGAAAUGUAAAGAGACUGAUGGUCCAUUAUAUGUUUGUCGUUGGUUGCCAUAUAUGUUUGCAAAUGGAUUGCAUACACUGUAUGUUGAAGCAGUUGAUGAAAUGGGUAAAAAUAGUACAUUAGAACAUCCAUUUUCUUUGGAUGGUACUGUAAUGCCAUUUGGAAUAACAUCAAGAUUGAUGUUAAUGUUAGAUGCUGGUGCAGUGUUUCAGGCCAUAUUUGGAACAUUACUCUUAAUAAAUGUACUACCAUUAGUGAUGCUAAGGCUACAAAAACGACCGCCAAAAUAUUUGAGAAGAUAUGGUCAGCAAAUAUUGCGGAGUCUUUGGUUAUUAAGCAAAAUUGACAGAAUAUUUUACCCUAUUGUUUUAUAUGCUAUUUAUUUACCUUUAGGGCCUUGGGUAAUUGGAGAACUUAUAGAUGGAUAUAUCGGAACUAUAUUUGCAUGGGGAAUAUUAAUAAAAGGAACAUAUCUACCGGAACCAUUUACCUAUACAUAUGGGAGUGUACAAUUGCUGUUUGUGCAGCUACCUCUUAUUUUUGUUCUAGCUCAUUGCUUGAAUACUAGAUUGUUUGCCCAACAUUUAAGAGGAUAUAAGCGCCUCAUAAAGAAUAUGCCAUUCAUUUUUCUGUUAUCAAUUCAGCUAUUAUUAGCAUAUUUUUUUUGGCUAGAAUAUGGCACAAUUUCAUUUUUAUUUGGUCCCUUAAGAACUUGGAGUGUCGUUUUAAGCACUUUGUUAUGGUACAAAACUUUAACGCUACCGUCUGAAUAUUGCAGGUAUUUGAUUAAGUUAAAUGAUUUGCCGUCAUAAUCGUGCAAGUUUAUAAGAUAUUUCGUAUUCCAACAGAUAAGAACACACUUUGCACGGCACAUUGAAUAUAAUAAAUGCAUAGACUGUUUUCUUUUUAUGGACUUGUUUUUCGAUAGAUCGAGGUUCUUUACACGUUUAGAUUUUUUUUAACUUACUUUGUAUGUCCUAUUUGAGCUUAGGAAACUAUAUAUUUUACUUUCUGCCCAAAUUUACAAGUUGGUAAAUAACAAAUUACAUUUUUUAUAUUUAAUUAACUGUACAUUAUAAUAUUAGUAAAAUCGAGUUUUUAGCAGUCGAGAAAUAUUUUUCCACAAUGUAUAUUGUAAUGUUAUUGUAAACGAAAUAAUCAAUUGUUCAUUUUGUACAAAAUGUAAGUAUUAAUUAUACCAAAGACUUAAAAGAUACGAGCAAAUUCAGCGCCGUAGCUAGGGGUCUCAGUAUUAAUAGUUGGCCCUCGCGGCUCGAUGUUCCGAUACGCCCAUGGAAAAUCGAAAUUUCUUAUUAAAAUUACUUAACAAAUAUAGUAUGUAAAUAGUAUGUUAGUCGUAUACUAUUUUAACUGACGUAAGAUAUCUCAGUAGAAGGCAGACCUAACUUAAUGGGCUUCUGCAACUGGCACAAGAUUCUUCUUACGUUUGUUAGUCAAAAUUUUAAGAUCAUACAUUUUUUGUACAUUUAAACUGUGUGUUUUUUUUACAUUUCAUGAGUUCCCUUAAUACUUUGCGACUUAAUGUCAAUAGGUAGUUAGUUAAAGCUUCGUGAAAUGUCACAACUUGUUCAACUUGACAGUCACUAUCGCUAAGAUAUACCUUAAAUUGAUGAGUCGGAAAAUAUGGAAUGUGUCCAAUUAUUCCGAAGAACAAAUAACAUUCAGCUGGUUAUCUAUUCCCCCCAGAAGUUUGCACCACUUUUGUGUGCUCGUUACGUCAGGUCCUAGUUGCGGUGCUGAACAAAUAAAUCAUUCCAUACUUUUUGUUGAAUGUUCUGCUUAUUUAAAAAAAAUGUCCUUAUAAAGUAUUAAAUAUUGUGAUAAUGUGACAUGAUUAUAAUUUUACGGAACUAUAAUUUGUAAUAUUUUAUGUAAGAAAGACAAUGUAAUUGUUUUUUAAAUACUGUGACAAAGUUGUUUUAACCAUAUUAAUGAAAUGUGUUUUUUAAUUAAACACUUAUAUUGACGA